UGCCCCAUCAACAUGAGCUGUCUGCAUGGGGGAGCAAGGCAGAGCGGCCCACAGAGGCAGGAGGUGUUAUCUGUCGCACGUCUGCUUCACUCAUCUGAGCUAGAUUGCUAUCUUCCUGGGGGGCAGGGGCAGCACCCGCCUUGUUGGAAAUGAUGAAACAUUUUUGACCAACUUCCAGUGACGGAGAAGGUUCCGGGUGCAGCUGGUGGGGGCCGUUUCCAUCUGGACCUUUCUGCAACCUAGGCUGGGAUCAGACCUUGCCCAUGGCCCCAGAGCCCCAUAGGGAACUAAGGACAGGUCUCCUGCAGGAAGACUGGAGCGGUCCAGAUGUUAACAACAUGACUUUGUGCUGCUUCUUGGUACUACAGUGACAGGCCCUAGGAGGAUCCUGACAGCAGUAUUACCUCCCAGGUUGCUUCCUGCUGCCCCCAGAAGACUCUGCGUCCAACUUACGACUGGCGAGUGCUCAGCCAUGAGUAUCAUGCUGACAGGCGAUAUGGAGCUCUGGCAUGGCUUAGUGAUUGCAGCAGCAUCCCUUUUCCUCCAUUCCUGCCUCCUCAUAGCCAUCACUUACCUGCUCAGAAGACACAUAGCCCACCAGACUGAACGGAUACUGAAAGAGACCAGGCUCCAGGCCUGCAGGCCCAGCCCCACCCAUUGCUACUCACCUGCUACCAAGGACAUGAAGGCAACUUGGACAGGCAGAGGCACCCCUGUGUCUGCUCCCCGUUACAGGAGUGAAGGACAAAAUCCAAGGCACAAAAAGAGAUGGGACCUGCUAGAGCUAGUGACAGCUUUAGACUGGAACCUGUGCCUGGAACUUGUGAGGCCAGAGCAGCUUGCAUUGGGAACACUGCCUCUGCAUGUCCCCGUGGACCUCCCUUUCUGGCGACAGUCCCUCCUAAGCACUGAUGACAGCGACACAUCCUCAGACAGCUCGCCUCCCACCUGCCAGGCCACCAAGGAUGUGAAUUACACACAAGUGGUCUUUUCAGCCCCUGAAGAACUAAACAAAGAGUCUUUCCUGGACUAUGAGGACGUAAAGGAAACCAUGGACUAUGUCAAUGUCAAUCCCAAAAGUCAUAAACCCAAUAACUGGACUUGUCCUACUGUCUCAGAGCCAGUGGAAUACACUCAAGUGGCUAUGUGAAUUCUAGAUUUCUUAACGGGAUGCAAAUCUCUAUGGAUCUUUGCAUUUAUUUUGUAGGGGAAUUCCUUUACUUAAAAAGUUUUUAAACAAUGCAUAGGGGAAAAAAAUAGGCCCAUGCCCCAGUAAGAAAGAUCCAAUCAGAUGUGAGGAAGAACUUCCAAUGGAAACAUUGGACUAGUAAGAGAACAUGGUAAGGUCUUUUUAAAGGUUUUCAUCAGCUCUACUGAAGUUCUGUCUGGUGAUCUUAAGGUUAAAUGACUUCUCUUUGAGCUCUUUAAUUAUUAGCAACACACAACUUCCUUACAAGUUUUAAAUAAAAUUGUAACUAGCAGUUCCUUUUUUUUCUCUUGCCUAAUCCUGCAUGUGGUUCAUCAGUGAUAUAUUUUGCUUAGUAAUCCUGCUUUGGCCUGAGAAUUUCAAAUAAUUCUUGUAGAAAGCCAACCAUGAAACUGGCCUUUGAAGUUGCUGGUUUGCUUUUUUUUUUUAUAAGCAAAAGAUGACAAAUUGAAUCCUAGUCAAUAUCAACCAGCAUCAUAACUGCUUAUUCCAAGGAAACGCUUCCAAGCUUGCAUCCAAUAAAAUCAAUAUUCUUUCCUGGGUGUUGACUCAAUAAAGAAUAGCUUUAUUUAUUUAUUUAAUAACUGGGGGUGUGGCUCAAGUGGUAGAGCAUUUGCAGGAGGCCCUGAGUUCAAAAAUGCACCAAGAAGAAAAAAAUAAAUAAAUGAAAGAGAAUAACUUAUCAGAAACUGGCAGAUUGUAAAAUAUUUAACUGUGAAGUCCAGUCAGUCCCAUUAAGUCAGGAACAAAGUAAGUAAAACUGUCCACAGGCCUGCUAUUUCUUUAUUAGCUAACACUGCUUUAGAAGUUCUAUUACGGCAGUAAGACGGCUAACAAGCCAUGCGCAGUGGCUGCACCUGUGCGCCUCCCAGCUACUCUGGAGGUGGAGGUGGAAGGACGUGAGUCCUAGAACUGGAGUCCUGUCUGGGCAACCUAUCUCUAAAUAAAUAAAUAAGUACUGAAGCUACUGAACAGAGGAUAAAUUUGUUGUUAUUUGUAGAUAUCCUAGCCUUAGAAAACCAUACGGACUUAACUUAAAAUGCUUUAAAAUUGAUAAUGUGUAUUAC